GGCAGCAGCAGAAGCAGCCCCGGCUGCGGGUCGCGACGGCGGCGGGGCGCCCCCUCCCCCGUGCCGGGGCGCGGCGGAGGGAUGUGGGGCUUUGCGGGAGGAAGGCUUUUCGGCAUUUUCUCGGCCCCAGUGCUGGUGGCGGUGGUGUGCUGCGCCCAGAGCGUGAACGAUCCCGGGAACAUGUCCUUUGUGAAGGAGACGGUGGACAAGCUGUUGAAAGGCUACGACAUUCGCCUAAGACCCGACUUCGGGGGUCCCCCGGUUUGCGUGGGGAUGAACAUCGACAUCGCCAGCAUAGACAUGGUUUCCGAAGUCAACAUGGAUUACACCUUAACCAUGUAUUUUCAACAAUAUUGGAGAGAUAAAAGGCUUGCCUAUUCUGGGAUCCCUCUCAACCUCACGCUUGACAAUCGAGUGGCUGACCAGCUAUGGGUGCCUGACACAUAUUUCUUAAACGACAAAAAGUCAUUUGUGCAUGGAGUGACAGUGAAAAACCGCAUGAUCCGCCUUCACCCUGAUGGGACGGUGCUGUACGGGCUCAGAAUCACCACAACUGCAGCAUGCAUGAUGGACUUGAGAAGAUACCCCUUGGACGAGCAGAACUGCACGCUGGAAAUUGAAAGCUAUGGCUAUACCACAGAUGACAUUGAAUUUUACUGGCGUGGUGGCGAUAAGGCUGUCACUGGAGUGGAGAGGAUUGAGCUUCCACAGUUCUCUAUUGUGGAGCAUCGUCUGGUCUCAAGGAAUGUUGUCUUUGCCACAGGUGCCUAUCCUCGGCUCUCACUGAGCUUUCGGUUGAAGAGAAACAUUGGAUACUUCAUUCUCCAGACUUACAUGCCCUCUAUACUAAUUACGAUUCUUUCAUGGGUGUCCUUCUGGAUCAAUUAUGAUGCAUCUGCGGCUAGAGUUGCCCUUGGGAUCACGACCGUGCUGACGAUGACAACCAUCAACACACACCUUCGGGAGACAUUGCCCAAAAUCCCCUACGUCAAAGCCAUUGACAUGUACCUCAUGGGCUGCUUUGUCUUUGUGUUUUUGGCCCUUCUGGAGUAUGCCUUUGUCAACUACAUUUUCUUUGGAAGAGGCCCACAAAGGCAGAAGAAGCUUGCAGAAAAGACAGCCAAGGCAAAGAAUGACCGUUCCAAGAGUGAAAGCAACCGGGUGGAUGCUCAUGGAAGUAUUCUGUUAACAUCGCUGGAGGUUCACAAUGAAAUGAAUGAGGUCACAGGCGGUGUUGGUGAUACCAGGAAUUCAGCAAGACCCUUUGACAACUCAGGAAUCCAGUACAGGAAACAGAGCAUGCCUAGGGAAGGGCAUGGGCGACACAUGGGGGACAGAAGCAUCCCGCACAAGAAGACCCAUCUACGGAGGAGGUCUUCACAGCUCAAAAUUAAGAUCCCUGAUCUAACCGAUGUGAAUGCCAUAGACAGAUGGUCCAGGAUCGUGUUUCCAUUCACUUUUUCUCUUUUCAACUUAGUUUACUGGCUGUACUAUGUUAACUGAGUGACUGUACUUGAUUUUUCAAAGACUUCAUUUAACACUGAGUGAAAUAUUACUCUGCCUGUCAAGUUUUUAUACCUGUACACACACACAGACACACACAUGCAGACACACAUAUAUACAUACGCAAUUGUAUAUAUAUGUGAACUUUCUCAGCAUAUAUAUAAAAUACACGUGUAUAUGAGGAUGUAUGUGUUUAUGUUUAUACACAUGGGUAUGAGUACCCACGUGUAUGCCGAACAAAUACACAUACAUAUAUACAUUUUGCAGCUAUGGACAAUUCAACACAAGAUGCAUAUUAAAGAAAGUCAUAGUUUUUUCUUUUUUAAUUGAAAGGGACAAGCAUCGUCUAAAUAUUAUGCCUUGAGAAUGAGGGCGUGAAACACAAUAUCAUCCCAAAAUGUGUCUUUUAUUAUCAUAAGUUAGAUGUUUUAGUUUAAAAAUCAGAAAGAAACUCUUAGUUAAACUUCAAAAACUCAUACAGUGAUAUUGCUAGGUUAAAAUGAGUCACACACUUCAUAUCCUUUCUGUUUACUAAGUGAAGGCUUUCAGUUUAUUUGGUGAUGGGGUUUAUUUUCAUCGGGCAUACUUUUUCUGUACUGGUUUAAUGGAUGAAGUGAGCCACGGGUGUGUGCUCACCUGUUGUCUUAAACACAGAUCCCAAGCUGAUGUCUGAAUGCCCAUCUUUUGAAAACCCAUCGGAAAUGGAUGGCAUCUUAUUGUAAGUACUCUGAUGUACAGUGUAUUCUUUUGUUUACUUGGAGUGGAUCCAGCUUACCUGUCAUGCAGGAACACAGUGGCAUGUUUUGGCAAUGUUUAGUUGACAUUUCAAUCACUGAAAAUGUGCUCCACAUCUCGUAUGGAUUUCUAGGCCUGAUAUCUAACAGAAAGCAUAGACGUCUCAGGUUAUUUGUUACUCUAAGGUAAAACCAUCUAGGAUGAUUUUCCCCCUUGUCUUUACGUUAUCAAUCACUCUUAUAACAUUGUAUGUUGAUAGAAAAUAUAUUUGCAUAAUAUGCAUAUAUAUGUAUAUUUACCAAAAUUUCCUUUCUUAAUGCUUGCUAUCAUGGCAGCAUGCGAUGUCAUAUUUUCCUUUACGUAAUGUAACUACUUCUGUUACCUAGAAUUAAGAUUGAGGCUUAAAACACUUCUACUGUUCAAUUUCAGAAACCACAAAACAUCUUCAUACCUUUAUUUCUGUAUCUGACAUAUUUCAUAAGCACAUCGAACUACUCCUAGUCUAGCUAGGAUGCUGCAGGAAUAUGACCAGUACACACCACACAUCACCCAGUGACCCAUGACCGUUCUCUUGAGGCAAAGGAGAG